AUGGGGUCAGAAACGGGACAAGGAAUACAACAAGUAGAGAUGCCAUUCAUGCCGGAAUACGCCUCCUUGGAUACGCGUAUUCGUUCUUUUCGAAACUGGAACUACGGUCACAUCCAAGAUCCGAAGCGUUUAUCGGAAGCCGGUUUCUACUACGCAGGUGUUGAAGACGAGGUACGAUGUUUCCACUGUGACGGAGGACUCCGGGAUUGGCUUGUCACCGAUGAUCCCUGGCACGAGCAUGCCCGGUGCUUUGCGGGUUGCAAUUUUCUACAGCUAGUAUUAGGACAAGCGUACAUUAGCGAGGUGCUGUUGAAUGGUGCUGCAGUCAUAGCGAAUGACGACACACAACAAGGACCACACACCGGUAAUACAGGCACCAACAGCAUGCCUAGCGCAUCACAUGUCCAGCAGAGCACCAUUUCGAAUGAGGUAACGCAUCGAUUGCGAGAAGAAAAUAACCGGCUGAAAGAGGAACGUGAAUGUAAAAUUUGUUUGACACGAGAAGUAGGCGUUGUGUUUUGUCCCUGUGGUCAUUUAGUAUCCUGCGUGCAGUGUGCUCCGGCUAUCUACAACUGCCCUGUGUGUCGUGCCUUAAUUACGGGCCGUAUCCGUACCUAUCUUGCGUAA